GAUACUGAGCAUUCUUACUGCAUUGUUCUCGUCACCUGCCUACCAGAGACUUGUAGAACACACGGACUGCAGAGCCGAAAUGAAUUCCGCGGCGCUUGCCUCGCCCUGCACCAGCCCAGGAUUGUCGUUAAGCAGCUCCUCGUGCAAUUCAUCAUCAUGGACAAGUGCCGAGCUGAGCUCUGAGGGCGGCUUUGUGGACUCGAGACACCGUCUCCCCCCAUUGGCAGACUUUGCGGCACUUCUCCGCGGCUUUGACUCUCCUGGCGACAAGCCGGACAGGCUCAGGGCACUCAACCCUGCUCCUGCAGCUCAGCUGGUAGCCCCCGGGUGCAGCAUGCCGGUGCAGCGUGCGCUUUAUCAAGUGCCCACUCGCGCCGAAGUGGACGCAUACUUCGCACGAGCUCUGCCGAUGGCUGCGAUGUCUCGCUUCGAGCUCGUUUGAGCGGCCGUGACCGUGCUUCAGGUCCCGGGCCCGUUUCUCGACUCCAAUUGCAAUUGACGGUCGGGCUCGCGGCGAAGCGGGCCUCGGGGUAUGUUGCUCACUUGAGCAGUACACUGCAGAGUGAUGAUAACUUUAGUUUUACUACUUCUUUCGUCACGGCUUAGGGUCAUCCUUCACGCCAGAUUGCUGCAGUUGGACUGGCAGCGCACAGUUGAACUGGCAGCGCACAGUGCAAAAUUACCGAUUUCGUUAGUGAGCACCUGAGGUGUGCACCUGUGCAUUGCGUUCCGCAGACUCCUGAAGGUCUGCAGUAGUUGCUGGUCAGUAUUCAGUAAACUCCGGUUGGUGAGGUAGAAACAGUUGGGUGUUUGGGUGCGUGCGGGUUUGGCGCGUGCGCCGAGGCAUAUAAAUCUUGGCAGCUUGCUUCCGCGCCGCUGUACUUUUAGGGGUGAGACGGAUUUGCAGGACAUUGUUAUUUCCAGUACCUUGCACAGGGCCUCCGCCAACCGCAGGCCCUGUCGCUAACGUGGAGUGGACACCAGGUGUGAUGGCCAUACAGUGUGAAGGGAUGUUCAAUGACGAGAAUGAAUGAGGGUGGCGACAGCGCGUGGUGGGUUGCCUACGACGUUAACAUCGCGCGUGUCCGCUGCUGGCGAGCAUGCGUGAACUGACUAAGGUCAUGAUGACGCCGUGUGGGCGAUGCGCUCACAUAAAAAUGCUUAACAUGGAUGGUGCUCUGGGAUUGUGGGCUGUGCGGCGCAAGCUGAGGCUUAUAACGUGUAUGCCAGGAGGAGGACAUGUCUUGGGGCGGCUGGGUGGGAGAAAAACACGGGAUCACUAAGAAUGGAUGCUGAUCAGGCUACAGGCUGCGUGGGCAUUUUGCACACGACUGUUGUCUGCGCUUCGAUUCACACGGCACGGCUGGCUCUUGUUCCUAGGAGCAUUUUUCCUUUAAAAGGUUUGAAGAGACUUAGGAGAAGCGAAGAAUGGAGGACUGCAGACGCGGGAGGGUCCUGCGGGGGCCAUGCGUCGCCUGACAUCCGCAAGUGGGAUUUUUGAUAUCGCCCUACUAGUGCGUAGCUCGUACAAACUGUGGGAGUCACAUACACAUAAAUGCCCUGAGAGCUCUCGGUGGCAGCGUAAUUUUGGUCCAGUCUCUCGCAGGGGGCGGAUACUGCAUACGUGGGGGUUCGGUGGGGCGGAGACGCUGAUGCAUGCCACGUGGCGCGCUCAGGCUCCUGCUUCUCACACGACACCUACCAGCAUCCGCCACUACUGUGUGUGGCACAGAGAGAUUGUGGAGUGCUUUUUCAAUGAGCGUAUGGGCUGAUGAGCGGCGCGAGCAAGCGGAGCGGAGGGUCGAUGCUGAGUGGGUUCGCAAUCGCAGGAACGGGUGUGAGAGAGCGCUCUGACGGACUGCGGCAGGUGCUGGAUGGCAUGUGUGCAGGAGCGAAUGUGCGGAAGGGGAGCGGAAGAGUGGGCUGUGUGCGGGCUCAGCAGCCGCGUCGCGUGCCCGCAGGUGUGACCCCGUCGGUCGACUGCGGGCGCGUGGUGUGUGCGUGUGUGUGCGUGUGCGGCCACCUAGUAUUGCAGCGAGUGGGUCGGAGCGCGCCGUGUUGGCGCGUUAGGCGUGAAGUGCGAUAAGGGGGAACAUACAGUAUCGCGGUGCAUGUUGCCACGGGUAAACCCGUGGAAGGUGCCGCACAUGCCGUCUACCACGGGGCACCAUGGAGAGCAACCGGCGUCUGCGACGCCUGCCGCCGUUUGUUGCGGCUGUGUGGAGUUCGCAGGCACGGGGCUGCAGUCCUCACGGGCAGUCGAGGUCUAGGAGGGUGCGCUUUUGGUUGGAGGAUUUAUCAGUUGCAGUGCGCCUAAAGUCAGGGCACUAAGCACAGCGUGUGUGCGUCAUCUAGUAUGGGCUCAGCUGUGAGCAGAGGUGGCCGAAUCGUGCCAUGAUGGGUGGCUGCCGCGCGUGGGGAUACUAGGGUAAGUUGCACUCUGGUCGGUCUGGAUGUGCACAAUGGUGAUUAAAGUAAAUGCUGGCGUGUGACUGAAGAGUAACUGCAAGUGCGAGUGCAGUACAUAUUUACUGCGGUGAGAUCAUCAGAUAUGCCACGUAGCUCGCACUUUCCAUUAAGCCCGGGGGAAAGCCAGCGCUUUUUGAUACACAGACAUGCGCGGUAGGGCUGUGGAAUCGGUGGAGCCGUGGUGGGUUGGGCGGGUGUGUUGCUUUGCUGAGUAGUUGGACAGCGGCAUGGAAACAGUCUUGAGGUUGCAAUAGACAUGUAGGUGCUGUAGAUUGCCAAUUAGCAAUACAGACGCGGAUUCUUUUUUUUGCGGAUGCAUGAUUUUUGGGCUGAGCCCUCGCUCUGCCAGUACGGUACCUGUGUUAUGGCGCACUACGGUGUGCAGAAUUGCAACACAGGGCUACAGCAAACAAUGCAACUUGCCCUUGUUGGCAGUUAAUAGUAGUCAGGUCAAGGUCGAAUGUACAUGCGUGUAAUAUGAAGGCGUG